CUCCCAGACAUUCCCGCUGCAGCCUGCCCCUACCAGAAACGAGUACCACCCUGACGGCCAACUCCAUUAAUCGACCGUCGCCCAGUCUCUACUUCUGCUCCCGCAUCAUCACUUGAUAGGCCUCCCCAUCAAACACCCACCAAAACAACGCUCUCCCUCUUCACCCAUCGUCGCCCUCUCCGACGCUUGCUACCUCGUACUCUACCGUCGACCACAGCCAACACCGCAAUCAUGAACCCCGAGUACGACUACCUCUUCAAGCUCCUCCUGAUUGGAGACUCCGGUGUCGGCAAGUCCUGCCUACUGCUCCGGUUCGCCGACGACACGUACACCGAAUCGUACAUCUCAACCAUCGGCGUCGACUUUAAAAUCCGGACUAUCGAGCUGGAUGGCAAGACCGUCAAACUGCAGAUCUGGGAUACGGCAGGCCAAGAGCGCUUCCGCACCAUCACCUCCUCGUACUACCGUGGUGCCCACGGCAUCUGUGUCGUCUACGAUGUCACAGACAUGGACUCCUUCAACAACGUGAAGCAGUGGCUUCAGGAGAUUGACAGGUACGCCACCGAGGGUGUUAACAAGCUCCUCGUUGGCAACAAGAGCGAUAUGGCGGACAAGAAGGUGGUCGAGUACACCGUGGCCAAGGAGUUCGCCGACAGCCUUGGCAUCCCGUUCCUGGAGACGUCGGCCAAGAACGCGAGCAACGUCGAGCAGGCAUUCUUGACCAUGGCCCGCCAGAUCAAGGAGAGGAUGGGCACGACAACGACGAACAACUUGAAGCCGACUGUACAGGUCGGCCCCGGCCACGGCGUCUCGGCGACGCAGAGCAACAGCUGCUGCUAAACGACGGGACGCAUCAGACCACGUCUGCUUUCUGCACAACAAUCGCCGGGUGCCUGACCUGCACCCAGCAGAGCCUGGCGCCCCGAGAUGUCUGCCACCGUGAUGCGUCCGCCAUCUGGCCGUUUGGACUGUUCUCCGGAACCUGCCGAAUAUUACGAACGGUGUGAUGGGAGACUUUGAUGGCCUGUGAUGAUGACUUGGCCAAGGGCAAGCCAAACGACUGGCAGUAGGGAGACUGGGUUAGGAUCAACGGGUUUCUUUGGCUGUUUUCGCUCUCGUGUUGUUUCUGUUCUCUUACCAUUUUCACGUUCACGCAUAGAUGAAGGUUUGCACGUCCUUUGGAUCUCUCUUGUCUGUUCCCUAGCCCCUUUCUCACGGUUCGCUCGCUCUGCACAUCUUUCCGUCUCGCAACAUUCAGCUCGCGCCCCCUUCUUUAUCUUCACUGGCUCUGCUAAGGGGGCAAGGGAGUGAGGGGACUGCAUAGGCCUCGUAUCGUGUCUCGUGCCAACGACAUGUUCGGGCCGCUUUUAAUGGAGACUGCCUGGGGAAAGACGAGCGCUCGCGAGCAAGGCGGGGCGCCUUGUCAUUUAUGUUCAUUCUAUCACUUGGCGAGUCACAGAAUCACAUAAUUUUGGGCCUUCGGAAGUCAUCAGCAUAUGCAGGCAGUCUGCGUGGCGAGUGCAAAACGUGCACAAUCUUUCUGUUUGUUACCCACUCGCUCGAUGGGGGCUAUCCCAUUGGCA